AUGCCCCGCUACCAGCACUACUGUCCGCCCUCUGCGGCCGUGACCACUGCUGUCCAGGAACUGCUACGACUGGCUCAGGCGCACCCCACAGGACCCCCCACCCUCGACCCUGUCAAUGACCUGCAGCUCAAGGAUGUGUCUGUGGUCGAAGGGGGGCUCCGGGCCCGGAAGCUGGAGGAGCUGAUCCGGGGGGCUCAGUGCGUGCACAGUCCCCGUUUCCCUGCCCAGUACCUGAAGCUGCGGGAGCGGAUGCAGAUCCAGAAGGAGAUGGAGCGGCUGCGCUUCCUGCUGUCAGACCAGUCGCUGCUGCUGCUCCCCGAGUACCACCAGCGAGUAGAGGUGCUCCGAACCCUGGGGUACGUGGACGAGGCGGGCACCGUGAAGCUGGCCGGGCGGGUGGCUUGCACCAUGAGCAGCCAUGAGCUGCUUCUCACCAAGGCCAGUACCCAGAGCUACUCCUUUCAGAACUCCUGGGCCAGUGGGCACCUACCUCAAUGCGACUCGGCCUCGCCUACCACAUGCACGACCUCACUGGGGCCCAGCUGGUGGACUGUGUUUCCACCACUUCUGGAACCCUCCUCCGCCUGCCAGAGACCUGAAGACUCUGCUCGUCAUUGCACACCUCCCCAGGGUGGGGAUUGA